GUACGCGUGCGGUGCUGGCGCCGCCGCGCUCCUAGUACGCCGAUAGCCACGCGAGCGUGUCGUGUCGUGUGCCGUGUGUCUGUUCCCGCGAUCAACAAACGCACCUCGACUCCUUAUCAAACACAAAAAUAAUAUCAACACAACUAUAUCUUCAUCAACACAAAAUACACUUAAAAAUAUAAAAUUUAACACUGUGCAGUGUAUAUAUAAACAUAAACAUAUCUAUAUAUUAUAUAAGUUAGUAACUCAGUUGUAGAAAUUUGUGUCUUGUGCGACUUCCGGGUGGAUAAAUCAUCCGACAAGUUUGCGACUUGUGGCGAGACCCGCCCCUCUCAGUGUGUAUGUUUGCUGCGUGUGGAAUUUCGCAUUUUACCGCACACAUUACAACAACAACAACAACAAGCAGGAACAAGCAGGAGGGCAGGAGAUUAGUGUGGGAGUGCGUGUACAUGUGUUCGCGCCCGGAGGAUAAAUAUUCGGGCUGACGUGGUGCCGGUGCCGUGGUCGGUCGCGAUUUACAUAUCUAACGAUAUUUCAUGUGCGGCGCGAAUCUGUGUUUGCGGGCGCGAGGCUUGAUUUUAAUUGCCACUGGAUUUAUUAUGAUAAGAGCAAUAGUAAACCUCAACUAGUGACUCUAAAACUCAGUGAAAUACAAUUUUAACAGGAUUAUAAACUAAGAAGACGGAUUACAGUGUCAUAUUUUUGAAAAUAUGAUUUUUAUUUAAUUAUUGAAGUGAUCGGUGUUUAAAAUUUGUUAAUGUGCGUGUGGAUUUUAAAAUAACUUGUAAAAAUGGUGCAAAUACAAUUGUGGUUUUAUUUGCUGGUCGCCAUCGUGGUAUCGACGUGUGAUGCGUUUGUUGCUGGCCAAGGAAAAUUCAUCAAUCAUUACGACAGUCACGUCGGGGAAUACCAAACGAACCGUGGUGUUGUCGCUCAUGUGCAAGCAAUUGUCCGUGGAACAGCUCUAUUACCUUGUGAUUUGACACCUCCGGCGCCCAACGACAGUGUCGUCCUCGUCGUUUGGUACAAAGACGAACACACGCCGAUUUACAGUUAUGAUACGAGAACGUCAAGUAAUCAGGCGCACAGAUGGCAGGACAGUUCCCUGGACAGCCGGGCUUUCUUCCGCACACUGACAGAACCCAGCACGUUGAGCAUCGACAACAUUGGCGAGAAAGAAGAAGGCGAAUACCGCUGCCGAAUUGACUAUCUCCGCUCACCCACGAAGAACCUGCGGGUCAAGCUGACUGUCAUAGUGCCACCUCAGAAGCCUAAGAUCUUCGAUGAAAAGGGCAAGGAGGUUGAAACCCGUGCGGGACCUUAUGAAGAGGGAGGGGAUAUGAAGUUGAGUUGCAUUGUCACAGGCGGCAAACCGGAACCGAUCAUAAAAUGGUGGCGUGGCGAGAAACUGAUUGAAUCGCUCGAAACACGCAGCGGAUUUCAAAAUGUCCGCUCGAAUCAGCUCGUGGUCAAAGGCCUGCAGAGAUCUGACCAACAUGCAGCCUUCACCUGUCAAGCAUCGAAUAACAACAUUAGUCAACCGGUUUCUUCAACAGUCACCAUUGAAAUACACUUUCGGCCGCUGAAAGCUGAAAUAUUGAGCAGCAACAAUCCAUUCUCCGCCGACCGAAAGUACGAGAUCGCGUGCCAAACGUUCGGGUCACGCCCUCCGGCGAAAAUCACCUGGUGGAUGGACAACAAGGAAAUGAAACCCUACAUGUUUAAUCACACUCAAGUGGAUUCACUUGAUGGUAACUCAAGCACGUCGACAUUGACAUUCAUGCCGUCACGUCUGGACAAUGGCCGCACAUUGACAUGUCGUGCUGUCAAUCAUCUCGUGCAGAACGGCAUGGAAGAAUCCUCCAUUAAACUAAACAUUUUCUAUCUGCCGAUUCUUCACCUCUCGCUGGGCUCUAAUCUGAAUCCGGACGACAUCGAGGAGGGCGACGACGUCUACUUCGAAUGCAAAGUGAACGCAAACCCGUGGGCGUACAAAGUUCUCUGGAAGCACAACGGUCAAAUAAUGCAGCAGAAUCAAAAAGGUGGUGUUAUCAUGAGCAAUAGUGAUCUGGCCCUUCAAGGAGUCACUCGGAGUCAAGCUGGGAAUUAUUCUUGUGUUGCUUCUAACGUCGAAGGUGACGGGGACAGCAAUCAAGUGGAGUUGAAAAUUAUGUAUAAGCCAAUUUGUCGCCCUGAACAAAAGCGGGUCUACGGCGUGGGUCGCCAUGAGAAGGCUCGCGUGUUAUGCGAAGUGGAAUCGUUCCCGCCGCCGGAAAGUUUCAAAUGGUCGUUCAACAACACCGCCGAGACGGUGGACGUCCCCCAGACGAACUUCAACACCGGCAUCCAUCACUCCUCCUCGACCUUGACCUACACUCCUGUUACCGAACUAGAUUACGGUACGGUUAUGUGCUGGGCGAACAACCUGGCCGGGCGACAGUUGGAACCCUGUGUUUUUCAUAUCAUCGCUGCGGGGAAACCCGAUCCGCCAUUUAACUGCACCAUAUUGAAUCAAACCUCUGAAUCUUUGGAGGUGGAAUGUGUGGAGGGUUUUGAUGGUGGGCAACCGCAGUAUUUUUUGUUGGAGGUCUACGAUGAGCAGAAUGAUGUUUUGCAUGCGAAUGUCUCCGCGAAGUUUCCUUUGUUUACUGUGAGUGGGUUGGAAGCUGGGAAGAUCCUGAGGAUGAUUGUGUAUUCGGCGAAUGCUAAAGGGAAGAGUGAAGGUGUUACUCUUGAAGGUUUCACGUUGAAAGUCGCAGAAAAACAGACUGUUUUGUCUCUUGGAACUCGUGAUCAAUACGACAUUGCACCAGUUCUGGGUAUCUUGAUUGGAAUAGUAACCGCUUUACUAUUGGUCACAAUCAUCAUCCUUGGCGCGUUGAAAGUCCGCGCUGCUCAACGUGAAGGUUCACAUGCAUCACGCCCUGGAUUCCUGCCCGUGAAAGAGAAGGUCACACUGCCACUGCGCUCCGAAUCGGAGGAUUUGUUUGAAAAGGACGACAAGAAUCCCGACGUCGUGCCGGCAAACAAAGACUCCGACUACCAGCUAGGGUCAGCUGUGCAAACGCCCGGCCUGAAUAACGCCCUGCUGACGACGGGCAACGACUUCGAGGGCCAGCGGAUUACGCCACUUAGCGAGGCUUACAUUGCCCGGGAUCGCGCGUACCAGCCGCAGCACGUUCCCGAUGAAGUAACUUAUGCUGAGCUUUCACUCGUUCGUCCAAACACGCUCGACGCUACAAAAAAUGGCGGCAACCAAUAUGGCACGCUUCGCGCCCGCGAUGAGCCCACCAUCUAUGCGCAAAUAGACCACAGCAAGAAACCACCUAAUGGCAACGCCAUGCCACCGGCGGUCACAGCGGCAGCGGUAAAAUCAUCACCGGUGGUUUCUCCGGUCUCUUCGUUGUUCCCAAUGUCGAAACCAGGGCUGUAUCAUCGCGAAGUGGUCACGGUGCGGACGCCGCUCAUGGGCUGCCAGCAGGAGAGCUGCGUCUAAACCAGUGGCGCCCUCUGCGGUCGCCAUUUUGUAAAUAGAGUGAAACGAGGACAAUAAAUCGAAUAAUGCUUAAAGAAACUAUCGAAGUGAAUUUUUAACGUGGGAGAAAAACGCAUAUGACUUCAUUGACAGCUCAGUGAAUCUUAGAGACAUUUUGUCGAUACUUAAAUAUCACGAAUCUAUCAUAUCGACGACUGGGACUUGCACGCCCCUUCUGAUCAUUUAAUUUAGAUUUAUAUUUACAUUUUAUUAACUUUUUUACGUUUUAUUGUUAUUGCCCACGCCAUAUCUUCUCCGUAAUUAGAUGUAAUUAUCGAAGUAACGUAUCAAUGUUCAUGGUGUACAACGGGCGACCUCUUGGGCCCGCAUGACGAACAACAUACAUAUUGUCAAACAUACUCAGUAAGGAACGAACCAUUUUCAAAGCGUAAUUAAAUUUUUCAAACCAACCAAACGACGGGAUGCAAACUAAUGUAUAACUUAGCUAAUCUAACGUAUUAAUGUAAUUGUUAAGAGACUCUACGAACAUAUAUCAUCUAUAUUAAUACUAAAAACAAUUAAAAAUGAACAAAAAUGCAAACUAAACAAAAUAUCUUAUUAAAGAUUAAUAAUUUUUUAUCUAGUCGAAAUGCGAGCGGUGAGCGGCGGGAAGUAUUCAGAUUGUAGGAAAGGCAAUUUGUAAAUGGACAUUAAAUUAAUAUUAUAUCCAAAGAUACUCUAGGAAGAUUUUUAUAUAUUGAUAUGCAGCGAAGAUAUUGCAAUGAAACAAAACGUUGAAAAAAUGUGCGCCACGUUUUUGUAACAAAUGAAAAUUAUUACGCAAAUGUUUACUUAGACUGAAUUUUAUCUUUGAGGAUUGUUUCACACACGACUGAAAAUUCUAUCGAUUUUCGUCGAGGAGAAAGUAGAGAGGACGAAUCGAUUCCAUUCCGAUGGAAAUACUCUACGAUGCGGACAGUAACAAAACGGUAGCACAAAUAUUAGCAUAUUGUACAAAUUGUAAAUAAACACGAACAUUUUGAGAAUGAAAUAAUUGAGCAAAAGCGAACCGAAAUGGAAAUACCUUCAAAUUACAUUUAUUAUUCAAUGUGAUAUAACAAUAUCGGUGCACUUCCCCCCACAGAGAAAAAAUGAGAGCGCGGAGUGUUACAUACAUGGUAUAUUAUUAUGAAAAUAUCUAUAAUGAUGAAUUGUUUAAUGUUCAUAAAAGUCAUAUUAAAAUAUGUAAUGUCUAAGAAAUUAUAUUAAUUCGUGAGGUUCGUGCGAUGCAAUGCGCCAAUGCAAACGAAUAAAGAAUAACAAAAUAUUUAGGAAGAUUCUCAUCAUCAAUUAAUGCAAAUUAAAUACAGCAACAAUAACGAAAUAACGGAGGAUACCAAGACGACCCAAAACUAACAAUUCUCGUUGUCUCUGAAUAUGUUUUUAUUGUGUCUUUACGAAAUAUUAUUUCUCGAGGUACUAAAAUAAAUAUACUAAUAAAUUUACAAA